CGUAGGUUUUUAGUCAAUCAGCACCCGCGACCGUGGAGAUAUAGCAGAACCUUCCCUGCCAUUUCCAUCGCAUUGUUCUUCCAUCCCCAAUUUCAGUCGCUUGUGGAUCGAUAGAUCGAUCCGUUCUCAUUCGAGAUUCGUAGGCCUCGGAAGCUGCCGAGGAUCCAGGAUUUCCACCGGCGAAGCGCCGACCUGAACCGCUCCGGACGCUCUCGGCCGGAGGGGGCGGACGCGGUCGCCGAUUCGCUAGGAUUGGCCGGUGCUUGCUUAAUCCGUGCCCGCGGUGGCUUCUCCGGUUCGCCUUUGUGUGGAUCUGAUCUGGAGAGAUGAUAACGCGAUCGAAUCUGGCAGAGCAGCUGCGGGAGUACCAGGUGAGAUCUUCGCACGAGUGGGCUAUCGUCUCCUUCUUCACAUCCUCCCGGGUGGACGUGAUACUCGUGCUAUGGGAGCUGUUGAUGUUCGCUUUCAUCGUUUUCUCGGGGGUGGCUUUGUAUUUCCAGUACAUAAAAGUUGCUCUAGUCUUGGUAUUUCUUACUUUACUUAUGCUCGUGGGCAUGAAAGUAACAAGACAAGUAAGAAGGAACAGGAAGAUGAAGAGAAAAAUGCUCCUUCCUUUGUCAAUGUAAAAUUGUAGUUGUUUGGCAUUUCAAUGCCUAUAUGAACUUUUCCAAAGUAUUCUGCCAGACAAAAGAUGUAUCUUGCAUAUUUUUUUAGCAUUAAGCUACAUUUUUGGCUGAAAUGAAUGUGUUGACUCAUCAUCAUCUAUA